GAAGGAGGAAGCGCGAUGAUGUCCGCCGUCUUUACGUGAACAGCUGCAUGGCGCCCGGAGCCGCAUUAAACCGCUGGGCGCGCGCCAUUGGAUGAACAUCUGCUGCGCGGCACCGCCUCUUUGUCAUUCAUCCCGCAGGUGCGUACGGUGGGACGCCCCCCCACAACAACAACAAUGGCGGGCUUGGCCGCGUAGCUCCCUUUUUUUUUUCUUUUUUUUUUUUGGUCUCGAUACAUUCCCGGUUAAAAAAAAAAAUGGCGACGGGGGCAGGCUGGCAGCCCGUGUACAGUAGUAGCGCCUCGACGAGCGGCGGAAGCGGCAAAUACAUCUCGACGUCGACAACCAGCAUGUUUUACGACGCGAGUUUGAAGCUGGAAUACACGCAGGACCUUCAUUUGAAGAUGAGCAAGAAAAUCGCCCAGCUGACCAAGGUUAUUUAUGCCCUCAACACCAAGAACGAUGAGCAUGAAGAGGAGAUUGAGUCCCUGAGAGACGCCCACCAGGAUGAGGUGCAGCACAUUGUGACUGAAACCAGAGACAAGAUCAUGCAGUACAAGAGCAAGAUGGCGGACGAGGCUGACCUGCGGCGGCGUCUGGCCAGUCUAGAAGAAUCUGUGGAACUACAUGAACACAUGAAGAGACAGGCUCUUGCAGAGUUUGAGAUGUACAGACAGAGAAUGGAGGAUUCACAGCUCUGCACCGAAGCCCAACACACACAGCGAGUGGUUUCUAUGAGCAGAGAGGUGGAGGAGAUGCGUCGGGAUUUUGAGGAGAAGCUGCGGGCGUUCAGCCAAGCGCAAGCCCAGUUUGAGGCGGAUAAGCGACGAGCGCUGGAGGAGCUGAGGUCCAACCACCGCAUGGAGGUGGAGGAUCUUCUAAGCAGCCAACAGAACCAGAGCGCCACGUCGACCGAAGACCAGGAGAAACUGGCCGACCUCCAUAGACAAGAGGUGGAGUCUUUGAUGGAAAGGGUGGAAGAGCUGAGCAAGGAUAAGGUCCGGGUGAUGGAGGAGUACGAGGCCAAGCUGGCCAAGGCUCAAGAGUAUUAUGAACGAGAGCUGGAGGCCAUGACUAGAACCCACCAGCUCACCACAGAGAAUCUGCUGGCCUGGAAAAGGACUGAGGUUGAGCUUCGGAAGGAGUUCCAGGCGCAGGAGGCAGCACUGCAGCGCUCGCUAUCCAAGCUGAGAAGCGAGCUUCAGAGAGCUCAAGAGGAGGCGCGCGAAAACCGGGACAAGACCAACAGACUGCAGACGUCGUUGGUCAACGCUGAGGGAACUAUCAAGAACCUUCACAAGCAGCUGGAAGAAGCCAUGCAGGACGGGGAGAUCUGGGUGAUGCAGCUGAAGGACACAGAGUAUGAGCUGGAUGGUUGCAGGGAACGAGUACAACAGCAGGCAACGGAGAUCCUCCACAAAGCCGGUCAGAUCGGCUCCCUGCAGGCCACCCAGAUGGCCCACGAAGCCUCCAUUAGGAACCUGGACCAAGAGCAGAGUCGCCUGAAGGACAAGAUCUGCAGGUUGGAGCAAGAGAGAGAGGCACUGCUCAACCAGAAUCAGGCGGCCGGCGAGCAGCACAAACAGCAAGUGCUGAAACUGGAGCAGUCGCUGCGUGAGGAGCACCAGGGCUACGAGAAGGAGCUCUCCAGACUAAGAGGUCACUACGAGGAAGAGACGCGUCGCUACAAAGAGGCCCAGGUCAGGGCGUUAGAGGAGAUGGAGGAGAAACACCGAGCCAUGAGGGAGGAAGUUCAACAAGAGAAAGAGGAGGAGAAGAAGCAUGUCAUGAUGAAAAUGAUUCAGGAGUUUGAGAUUAAGCGUAUGUCCCUGGAGGAGCAGCGAGAUCGGGUGCAGCAGCAAUUAGACAACUUGAAGGAGGAGCUCUCUGCCAAACUCAACAUGGCCAAUCAAGAGGUGUCACACCUUCAAGAGGUGGUGAGGGAGAGGGACCAGAACGUUAGCUCGGCACAGAACCAGAUCACCUGCUUGAAAGACACGCAGGAGAAGCUCAAGAUAGAACUAGACGCCACCAGAGCCCGGGUCAGAGAGACCAGCAACCUGCUGACAGACCUACAGGAGGAGAUCGAGACCCAGAAACAGCAACAUGAAGCCAGAGUGAUGUCCAUCCGAACAGAGGAGAAGCAAAAAAUGGACAAGAUGGCGGACAACUUGGACCAAAAAUGGAGAGAAGCUCUUCGUGAAGAAGUGCGUCUGUUGAGGGAGGAGCUGAGCGAGGAGUACGAUGCCGACAAGCAGUCAGCGCUGACUCAACUCUCCCAGCAAAAGGAGCUGGAAAUGAUGGCCGCCAGGGAGAGCUGGCAGAGGAAGGUGGAGGACCUGCUUGAACAGAUAUCUCUGCUGAAACAGUCUCUGGAGUUGCAGUUAUCUCAGUCGCAGGCAGCCCUGCAGCAGCUGCAGUCUCAGUUCAGCCAAGAGAGGGAGCUGCUCAGCCAGCAGCUCAAAGAGAUGCAGAGAGAACAUCAGAGGAGAGAACAUCGAUUACAAGAGGCUCACUGCUGCGCAUUGAGCACCAUGGAGGAGGCCCGGCAGCACCAGAUCCGGGCACUGGAAGAACGUCUGAAGCAGGAGCAGAGAGAGGAGGUUCACGCACUGAAGGAAGCCCACAGGAGGACCUUGGACAUCCUCAGACAGCAAUCAGACCAGGAGCUCCAGACACUGAGAUUUGAACUGGAAGAUGAGGGCAAAGCCAAAUUAGCGUCUCUCCGUGCCGAGCUAAACCACCUCCAUGCUACCGCCAUUGAGCAUCUAAAGCAGAUCCACAUGAAAGAAAACUCUUCAGCCAAACGAGAAUUGGAGAAGGCCAUGGAGCACAACCGCCAACAGGAACAAGAGCUGCUGAUUCGUAUCUCAGACCUGCAGGCGGAGAUGUGUUCCCGUAGCAACCGAAUCACAGAUCUGGACCACGAGAUCCACUCGUUGAAUGAGACCAUUGACACCUUGACCCGUGAACUGGAGCUGAAGGGCAAAGAGUUGCUUCGGGUGCGCAGUGAAGCUAAUCAUCAGAUUAGGGCUCAUGAACAAGACUUGGCGAAGAGGCACGAGAGGGAAAUGGGCGAGCUCAGCAUGAUCCAUCACAGAGAGGCUCAGAUCAUGUUGGCUGACUUCAACAAGGCCCAAGAGGUUCUCAAAGACAAGAUCUGCGCUUUGCAAAUACUGCUGGAGGGCACCGAAGAGAAAUUGAGAAACAGAGAGAGCCGACCCGAGGAUCUGCAUCUUAUUGCAGAGCUCCGUGAGAUGGUCACAGAGAGGGAGGCUCUGGUCAAAAAGCUGGUGGAUGAUAAGAAGUUCUACCAGCUGGAGUUAGUCAACAGAGAGACCGGCUUCAGUAAGGUCUUUAACUCCAGCGCCAAUGUCGGCGUCAUCAACCCUCUUAUCAAGUCAAAACCAGGCAGCCAGUCAGAUCAACGCUUGGCCCGCUUUCCUAGCCAGUCCGCUCUCCGAUUCGUCAGCCCUCCCACCGCGAGUCGUGCAAGCGAGGAAGAGGAGGGACAGGAGGUGGAGGAGGAUGCAACUGGGAGUGGGAUGUCCGUCCAACCUGGGGGAGUGCAAGCUGAGCUGUCGAGCUUUGCAGCCUUACAUGGUGAAGAGACUUCUCUGACCCAAAACUGGAGCGAGAGGAUCUGAGAGAGAGGCCUAAUGUUGCAGCUGCCCUUUUCCAGCACACACCAGACCUCUGCAAAAGACAAGGCUGCUAUCCUUAGCGACUUCAACGGCAGAGUAGGAAAGGGGUUCUUGGGAAAAACGGCGUUGGAAACUGCAAUGAAAACGGGCGUCUCUUGCUGGAAUUCUACGCAGAGCUGUAGCUGACAGUCACCAACACCCCAACCUGAAUGCAUCCUCGGUCCAAACAUUGGCUUAUAUAUUAGACUAUGUCCUUGUGUGCCAAAAAGAACCUCAGAGAUGUUUUGCACACCAUCUCCCUCAAGGAUCCCUGUCUUGAAAUGCUUUGGGCCCGCCUGUAAACCACCAUCCUGCAGUUCUCUGAAGGUAUCUUAGGGUUCUCCACAAAGUGGAACAAAGACUGGUUUGACAAAAAUGGCAGAAAUCCAACUGCUGGCGAAGAAGAGAUCUGCCCACUAGGCUCACCUAGAAAACCCAGCUUUGUGCCAACACUGGUGACUACGGGGCCUUGUAAUAAGCUUCAAAGGCAGUCUAUGGCCCCUCGCACCAAGUGGUUACCCCCUUGCACAGUACAGAUGGCCAAGCACUCCUCACAGAUAAGGCUUCCAUCCUGAACCGCUGGGCAGAACAUUUCCAGACCCUCUUUAGCGCUGACCACUUCGUCGACAAAACUGCAAUCCAGCAUAUCCUUCAUCAGCCCGUGAAAGUAGAGCUGGAUGAAGCGUCGACCUUUGACGAGGCCAUCAAAGCCACAAACCAGCUGAAGUAUGGCAAAGCGGCAGGCGUCGAUUGCAUUCUGCCAUAAAUUUGGAUGCACAAAUGAGCAGCACUGCACCCCAAACGUAUUCUCUCUUCCUAUGCUGCAGGGAACAGGGAAAGCUACCGCAAGAUUUCCGAGAUGCUGUUAUCGUCACCCUAUAUAAGAACAAAGGUUAAAUGUAUGACUGCUUAAACAUUGGGGGAUCCCUCUCCUCUCAAUCGCAGGCCAAUUCUAGCAAGAGUUCUCUUCAGCAGUACGGUACCUGCUGUGUCUUAACUCCACCUCCCAUAGAGCCAGUGUGGCUUCAGAUUGACCAUGGAUACCACUGACAUGGUCUUCGUAUCCAGGCAGCUAUAAGAAAAAUGCCGUCAACAAAACAAAGGUCUGUAUGUCACAUUCGUAGACCUGACGAAGGCUUUCUAUACUGUAUUUAGAAAAGGCCUGUGACAGAUCGUGGAGCGUCUUGGCAAUCCCUCAAAGUUUGUCAGCAUGGUAAUGCAACUGCAUGAAGCACAGCGUGAUCAGGUUAAAAACAGCAACAACCUCUCAGAACCUUUCCCGAUCAUCAACGAAGUGAAGCAAGGCUGCGUCCUCCCACCAACUCUCUUCACAAUCUUCCUUCAGCAUGAUGCUUCAACGAGCCACGAAAGACCGCAGUGACAAAGAUGGCAUCUGCAUUCGAUACCGCACUAAUGGCAGCCUGUUCAACUUACGACACCUACAGGCCCAAACCAAGACCCGAGAGCAACUGAUUCAGGAGUUACUCUUUGAUGACGAUGCCACCCUCAUAACCCACAGAGAGACUGCCCUGUAACAUUUAACAUCCUGCUUCGCAGAGGCAUCCCAGCUUUUUGGUCUCGAAGUCAGCCUGAAGAAGACAGAUGUUUUCCACCAGCGCACCCCCCAAGAAGCGUACUCCCCAGCCAACAUUACUAUUGGCGAGACAGAACUGAAGGCAGUCUAAGAGUUCAUCUAUCUGGAGUACACCAUCUCCUCUAAUACAUGAAUGAACAAAGCAAUAGACAACAGACUGACCAAUGCAGGCAGUGUUUUUGGCAGACUCCACAGUCAUGUCUUGAACAACAAGCACCUGAAGAAAGCCAAAUAAUCAGUGUGGGUGCAUACAGAUGAAAACGCAGCUACGCUGGGCAUGGCACGUCUCUAGAAUGGAGGAUCAUUGCCUACCUAGUAUCAUCCUCUAUCGUGACAGAGGAUCACCAAAGAAGAAGUACAAAGACUCCUACAAAACAUCCCUGUUCACCUGCCACAUUGACAGUGGUUAGCCUUUGCCACUGACCGAGGGCCGGGGUCACACUCAGUUCACCAGUCAGUCUCCUCCUUUGAGAGCAUCCGUAGGGCUGCCCUUGAGGAGAAGAGUCGGAGGAGGAAGAACCGUGUUGCCACAGCACAAACCCCGGGUCGUCAUUCCCUUGCAGCCGCUAUGGCCAAGUGUGUCUGUCCCGAAUCGGUCUCGUCAGCCACCAGCGAGCCUGCGCCAGACGUGGUCAACGCCCUUAAAUCUUCAUUCGGAAGCCAAGCCAAUAGAAGAGUAGAGACACAAUUUUAUAAAAUACAAUUAUGUUUGAAGAUCAUAAGCAGUAAAAGUUCAACAUGCUGAAAUGUUUAUAGGGAAGGGUUUUCCUACCACCAUGUUAAUAUCUUUUUUUUGUUGAAUCAUGUAGAAAAAUAUAUAUAUAUUUUUAGUCUGCAGUGGUUGUUUACUCUGGAGGACUUUCUGCUGCUGUUGGCAGCGUUACACACAUUCCCUCUCCCGUUAAGUCUCCCCCAUCUGCCCUUUCCUCCCUCUGUACUCCAGAUUUAGAUAGCUAUGUGAAGAGCCCCACAAAGAGCUUCUCCCCCGAGACUUGCACAAGAGAGUGGGAUUUAUCCUAUUUAAUGAACUUAGGAAUCUCAGUCCUUCUGAAACCAUCCAUCCAUUUACUUGUCCUCAUUAAGGUUACAGGUGAGCUGGAACUUGUCCCAGCUGACUUUGGACUGGUCUCCAGUGUAGACAAACAAGCAUUCACACUUACAAAUGGAUGACUUUGAGUCUCUAAUUAACUGGUAUGCAUUUUUUUGGAAUGUGGGAGGAAGCUAGACCAAAGGAUGUCCAGGAAACCUAAAAAAUAUGUCAAUUUUUGUUGGAACUAGGAUUGCACGAUGUAGACGAUACACGAUAUAAAUGAUGUGAAUUUGGCUGCCGAUACAGUUUUCAAUAUUAUCAUCAAAUCGUGAUAAUGCAUGUUGAUGAUAGAUUCUAACUUUGUCCCACAAAUUUGACAGUGACAACCGAACAAAGGCGUCCUCAACGCAGUGUAGCGUCCUCGCUAGCAAGUUAGCAACUUACAAGUAUCUUUAUCCGUGUACACAGCGGCGUUUUGAAAAGUCAUACAUUUUACUUUUUGAAACCGAUACCGAUAAAUUUGAAGCCGAUACCGAUAAUUUCCGAUAUUACAUUUUAAAGCAUUUAUCGGCCGAUAUUAUCGGACAUCUCUAGUAAUAAUACCGAGGAGAGUAUCAGUAUAUGGUCAAUAAUACAGAGAUUGUAUCGAUAUAUGUUGUGAAGAGUGUUAUUUACACAGAAAUAUUUUGUAAAUGUAAGUGUCUGUCACACGGCAGGAAAACGGCUGAUUAAACAAAACAGAAAUCAUGGACCCACUAAGCUAGCUCUCCAAUCAACUAACAGACUCAAUAACUCCACGGUUAUUACAAAACUGAAACAAUACAAAAGGAAUAACAUUGUAAGUUGACAAUACUAACACAUACACUCGUAAGCAUUGUAGCAUAUUAGCUAAUGCUAACGACGCUAGUUUCAUUACCUUACGAUAGCACGUACAAAUAUGCAUGAAAACUCUCCUACAGACACCACACAUGGAACAGUUGAGUAAGUAAGGAUUGUUUUAGUUGUCUUGUAAAACUUACAAACAUUGCUUGGAGUGAUGAAUGAAGAAUCCUUAUGAGCAGAAACGCUAUGGAUGGCUAGAAGACGGAAUGGCACUUGUACUUCAGGUUGAAAGCUUUAUCCAAACAAAAGGGCACUGUAACACCUGCGGUGAGCGAACUCAUCCAAAAGAUGGUGUCAAGUUCAAACACUGAUGACAUCUAUUUAACAAGACAAGAGGCAAAUAAUUAAACACAGACAUAAUUCAAUUUGGACUCAAUAUUGAGGAUAGUUGUCUGUACACUGUACCCUUGCACAGUAUCUCAGCACGCUCUGCCAAAAGAUCGCAUGCCUCCUUCUUUUAUUUUGGACCCUCCCCCGACCACAUGGCCACCACUGUUUCCAAAGGACAAAGGUGGCAAAAAGUUCACAGAAAAGGUCGUAAACAAUUCACAGAAAAGGUCAGUUCAAAAAGAGUUCGUAAAAUAGUUCCAAAAGAGGUCCAUAAAUUAGUUCAAAAAGACGUUCGGAAAAAACUUCAAAAAGAAGUCGUCUGGAAAUUGGGCAGAUCCAGUCAUCUCUCCGCUUUGAAGUCCUUGGGUUAGAACAAUAUCUUUCUGUUGAUUACCAUACAUGAAAGAAAACAGGAUCACCUUCAUCUUGCUUUCCCCCCCCUUACACAGUGGAGUUUUACGAGCCUUUCUCUUAGUGGGUUUCAAAGACAGCUUUUGUCUUCUCACCAGAACCUCAAUGUAUCACAAAGUUUGUGUGAUAACUUACAAACAAUUAUUCUAACAUAUGGCACCAGAG